ACUCAUCUUCACAAUGUCAAGCUAUUACAAACUUCAUCUUAUACCUUUACUCAUCUUCACAAUGUCAAGCUAUUACAAACUUCAUCUUAUACCUUUACUCAUCUUCACAAUCUGUUACAAACUUCAUCUUAUACCUUUACUCAUCUUCAUAAUGUCAAGCUAUUACAAACUUCAUCUUAUACCUUUACUCAUCUUCAUAAUGUCAAGCUAUUACAAACUUCAUCUUAUACCUUUACUCAUCUUCACAAUGUCAAGUUAUUACAAACUUCAUCUUAUACCUUUACUCAUCUUCAUAAUGUCAAGCUAUUACAAACUUUGUACUUAUACCAUGACUGCAAUAGCUACCUUUCUCGUAUCACAGAAUGCAGCAAUUUGAUUGGAUUGUAUGCUUGUGAAUAA